AACUGCAAUAUUUUAGCUUAUUUUGGCUGGUAAUCUCAUAUUGUCCGUGGCCAACGACUUGAAUGAAAAUAGCAACUUGCGAUGCUAUUAUGGUCGGGCAUCGACCAUGGCGGCAAAUGUAGCAAACUUUUUGCAGUCUCUGCAUGAUUUUAUUGAUGCAUCAAUCUCUAGUAAUCGAGAGCAAAUAGAAGUUAUCAUCGACGAUAUUCGACAGGUUUGCCAACAUGAGAUAAAGGAAGAAGAAACAGAGUAUGUCUGUUCACUUGUCUUUGCUAAAGACACAGGCUUGAUCAGUUUCUUACAGAAGACUCAGAAUUCGGAGGAGAUCCAGAAUGGCAAGUCGGCUGCUCUGGACAUCAUCUCUGGUCUCAUUCAGAAGGUGGGAAGGAAUGUUUUGCCGUACGCUGUGGACAUCAAGGAGGCCACCCUAGCCGUCUACAGUUGUGACAGAUUUGCCAAAGUGAAGAAUGCAGCCAUUCCAGUAUUGAUCAAACUCUUAGAACUCACUGCUGGUUCAUCUUUGGGGGAAGAACUCAAAGUGGAUAAGAUGAUUCAGAAGUUCUUCAAUGAACUUACAAAAGCAUCCAAAUUAUCAGCAACAGUGAAGGCAAACAUUUACUACCUGUUGGGUGUGAUAGCCGAGGUGUUCCCUGAGCUGAUGACGCCCUACUCCGACAGACUGGUGGGCCUGUACACGAGCUCCUUGAGAAUGGAGAUGACCUCAAAGACCAAAAAACCAGAGCUGGCUAUCAUUAGUGGAUGCCUGGAGGGUCUGACAGCUUUCAUGCUCAAUUUCACUCACUCUGCGGAAGAAGGAUCCAAAUAUUCCUAUGAGAUUUUCAAGUACAUGAGAAUGGCCAUUGACCCCAAUAUCGAGCACACUCGCUACGACAUGCCCAAGGCUGGGCUCAAGCUGCUCACCAGACACGCCGGGCAGUUCCAGCAGUACUUGAUGGACGAUUACCAGAACCUGUUCGACAAGCUUUUGAAGUGGAGCCGACAUCACAACCGGGAGAUCCUCCACGCAGGGGCCGCAGCAUUGGAGUCUUUCGUGAAGGAAAUUUGUGAUGCUUUAGUACAGAGGGCACAAGAGGGUCAGACCGAAGGCUCAGUGUUCAAGUUUUUGCUCAUCCAGUUCCGGACGAUCAUGAACGCCAAAAAUUCUACCGACAAGCACGUUUCCCUGGCUAUCAAAGGCUAUGGGCAGCUGGCUGCUCCUUGCCGCAUGUUUCUCUCGGAAGCAGACACCCAAUUCAUGCUCAAUGAGAUGAUCAGCAAAUGCGAGCACCAAUUUUUCAGUCAAGUGGAGGAGCUGGAUGAGAAGCUCAUAUCCAUUCCCAGCUACCUGACAGCUCUUUCUCACAUCAUACGACAGGUGGACUCGGUCUCUGCGCCGUAUGCCGUUGUCUUAGAGAGGUUGAUCAUCCUGCUCAUGGAGAACUUCCACCGCGUGGUGAAGAAGCUGCAGUUUGUCACCUACAAGUCCAUACUGCUUUUGCUGCUGACUUUGGUGGACAAGGCCGCGGUUUUCCAGCAGAUUCUCUCCACCAUCGUGUACCAAGGCUUGAUUCGAACCUGCUCUCAUCCACCGCUGGCCGAGACAUCCCAAUCUGAGGACCGCCUCGGAGACAUGGAUGUGCCGGGAGCCAACAAAACGGUGACCUACAAAGACUUUGUGCCUCUUUGGCUUGGAAUGUUGGACAGCGAGCGGAUCAAGGACCUGGCUGCCGAGGACUUCACUCUGGCUGACCGCAGAGAGCUCACCAAGGCCGUGUACAGUCAGCUGAUGGCGGCCCUGAUGAAGAUUCUGCGCAAACUUGACCUUGAGGCAACUGUGGCCGACAGCGCGCUGGAAGGAGAUGCGGAGAUGGAGGAGAGGGAGGUUCUGUCGGCUGACCCGACCUACGGAGUCAUCGCCAAGAAACCCAAAGACUUCUACGUCUUCAUCAAUCUCGUCGAUUUCUGCAAGGACGUGCUGGUGACAAGCCAUUGGAACCUGUUUGAGGACUGGGUGUACACCUUCGCUCAUACCCUCGUUGUCAUGUCAACCAGGCAUCCUUUGGUCAGUGGCUUCUACAGACUAUUGUCAGUGACCAUGACCUUGGCGGACAAGUUGAGCUAUUUCAAGGCCUUUGACAGCCAGUCCCAGAAGUCUCCCAGACUGGAGGAGAGUAUGGACAUAGGAGAGGGUGGGGUCGCGACAGGGGCGGGGCAGGAAGUGGAGGUGACCUUUCACCUCAUCAAGAAGUUCUCCAAAGAGGUGCUGGUGCGUAUGAAGCAGUAUCGCAACGAACUCCUGGCCUCCUGUCUCACGCUGAUCCUCUCCCUGCCCAAGGAAAUCAUCGUGGAUCAGAUGUCCUCCGUGGUACCCGCCAUACAGGUGACCUUCACCCUGGGUCUGAGUUACCUCCCCCUGGCUGAGGUGGGCCUUCAGGCUUUGGAGUCGUGGUUUCGACAGCUCCCUGCGUCGGUGCUAGAGGCGCACUACACCAGUAUUCUCCCCUACCUGGACCCCUACCUGAGAACAGACGAUCUGGGUGCUGAAGAUGUUGUCAAGGAAACGACUGUCGUGGUGAGCGCGAAGAAGUCGAGCAGGAGGAGCAAGGCUCCCAUCAGACUCAUCAAAAACGCUCAGUCUGCGGACGACAAGGGAAGCAAGUCCCAGCUGUCGCAGGUCAAGCAGCGUAUCUUGUAUUUUCUGGGCUCCUUGGGAGGCCAGGUGAACCACACUCUGCAGGACCGAGCAGACGCCGACAUCAGCAAUGAGGCGGUGGCCUGGGACUCACAGAAACACCUACGCUUUGACGUGCCUUUCUUUGACAUGAAGCCCGUUAUUUUCUUUGAUCCAUUCCUCCCUCACGUGGUCAAGCUGGCCCAGCAGUCAAGUGACCGGCAGACGAAAGUGGCUGCCUGCGAGCUCCUGCACUCCCUGGUGCUGUACGCCCUGGGCCGAGGGGCGCAGCUGCCCGGGGACAGGCAGAACAAGUACCCCAUGGAGAGGCUGUACCGCAAACUGUUCCCUCCCCUGUUUGCCUUAGCCUGCGAUGUGGAGCAGGUGUGCAAAGACUUGUUCGAACCUCUUGUCAUGCAGCUCAUUCAUUGGUUCACUAGCAACAAGAUGUCGGAGAGCCCUGAGACGAUGGCCCUGCUGGACUGUAUCUACGACGGUCUGGUCCAGCCAAGUGACCCCUCGCUGCGAGACUUCAGCGCCCGCUGCCUGCGCGAGUUCCUCAAGUGGUCACUCAAGCAGAUCUCUAAAAAGAGAGGAGAAUGCGUUAGUGGACCGCUUCACUUUCCAAAUCCUCGUCAACUUUGUUGAGAGCUUGGCCAUGGCUCACACGGAUGAAAAAUCUUUGGGCACCCAGGAGCAAUGCAGCAAAGCUUUGGAUCAUCUGGAGAGAAUUAUUCGGGUCAAGGUGGACAUGUUAAAGGAGGAUCCUGGGUUGAAAGUUCGGCCCGAGCCCAGUGCUUGGAGCAGCAGGAAGCUGGAGUUUGCGGUGCGCUGGUUGACCCGUCAGUGCGGGCGGCCUCAGACGGAGUGUCGACACGUGUGCAUGAGACUGGUGUACAAUCUGUGCCCUUUGCUGCAAGGUGUGAAGUCCCAGAAGACAUUUUUCAGCAUCAUCCACAAAUCAGAAGGAGCUUCGUACUUUCUCAAGCGAUUUGAAGGUGGAGGUCAAGCGGCGAGCGACACGCACGGCAUCCUGGGACAGCCGACGCUGCCAGGGAAGGACAAGAAGAGCUUCUCUCUGAGCGCCACGACCCGGUGGUUCGACCUAGUGUUGGCCGCUCUAGACUGCUCCUGCUGGGUGUUUGGGGAGGACCUCAUGACUCUGUCACAGCUCUUUACUGGCAAAGGGUCGGAGAUGAGUUGUAUGUUCAAGAGUCUGGAGUUCUUUCUCCGAAGUGUUGCCUUUCAAGACAUCGAGGGCGUCUCAAAGUUGUUCAGCUCAUCUAAGGUGACGGUUUUCACGCCGUGGGAAAAAGAUGAGUUCAAUAGGAUGAAAUGCACGGUGAUCAUUCGCUUGUGGAACUUUCUGUCCAUCCUGCUGGCUCGUCAUUCUCAAGAAGUGUUGAAGGUGGUUCCUGCGUCCUUGUGGUGCGAGGAUUUGUGGCGUCUGCUCUGCGACUGCGUCCUGCGUCCGGCCAGCGUAGGCUUCAACUUGGCCGACACUGAGAUCAUGCUCAAUCUGCCGAAAGAGAUGAGUCAAGUUCUCGCAGUUGUCCACAAACACCUGCCUGCUCAACUGCUCAAACAGUUCAAGGUCACUCUCAGGCGACUGCUGGAAACUGAAUGCAACCUGACGUCGUCGCUUCCCCUUGAUCUGAGCUCGGCCUCCCUGGACUACACACAGCUGAGUCAGAUGGUGGGCGGCUACCGACAGCUGCACGCCGCCAAACUGUUGAUGGACCAACUGCCGGCCGCCGCCACCGCCGGGACGACGUCAAAGGCUGACCUGGCCUCUCUGCUGCUAGACAAUGUCUUCGAGGGCCUGGUUCAAACAGAGGACAGAACGAGGACAGCUGCGACCUUGAGCCCGACAGCCCAGACCCUGGCCAACGCUCUCCUGGAGCUGUCGCUGCAGCUCUCCUUUGACGUUGACAAGCUUGUUGCGAAGAUCCUGGACAAGUCCUCCGUGCAGGGAGCGCGCAAGAACAUCGAGAUCGGCCACGGGGACUUUUUCCUCACCACCUUCAGUUCCACGCUGGCUUCACACAUCAUGACGUCAUCGGCACGGGAAAUCGUCAGGUCGUUAAUGACGCAUGCGUCCAAGGAGCCCCGCUGCGUCAGUCGAGUGCUCCUGGCAGUACUCGACCAUGCUUUGAAAGAUCGGAGUUUACGGAAAAAUUCAUCAAGGAGUUAGGACCUGGAGUUGAGUCGGUCUUUGAAAUGUUCCUCUCCAUGCUCACAGACUGCCACACUACUCUGGCCUUCAAGAACCAAGUCCUGGACCUGUUGCCUUUCUUUGUUACCUUGAAAGGGGAACAGUCGAGCAAAGUCAUGCUCACGCCCGACGGUCUUGCCACAGCCCUCAAUGUGCCGUAUGCUAUUUUUAGCAAGGAACAGAGCUACUUUCACGAGAUCCGCUGGGCAGCGGUAGAGAGAGUCUGUCUUCCCAUGCUGCAUCUGUCGCCGCGUGUAACUGUGAUUGAGUUUUUCUCCAGUCACAUUCACGAGCUGAUAAACAACAUCGACUGCAAGCUCAACAAGAGCUCUGAGAGUGUGUUUGCCCAUCAGCUGACCACCAAGUCUGGGAGCUUUCAGCUGCUGGAGGUCAUGUAUUCUAGCCUGAGCAAGGACGACGUCAACUCCAAAACCUCAGCCGUCAACCUGAGGUUCUGCCAUGGCAAGGUGGACACGGGCAAGGAGAUGACCCAGAGGAUCACCAAGGCGGCUCAGGAGGCGAAGGGUGAGGACUGUCGCGGUGAGUCGCUGCUCGUUGAGCUCCGCAGGCAGUACCACUGUCACGCAUACAACCUGCUCAUGGCAAUCAUCUCCUGUGUACAGACAGACAUCAAGUUCUACAAAGGUUUCCUCUUCCAAGACAAUGUGCCCAAGGGCCAGUUCCUUCUGGAUAACAUCAUAGACAUGGACUUUGCCCACAGCUUCGACAUUGAGCUUGAUUCCCCUCUUGAGAGAAGAAAGAAGUUUGUGUCGAUUCGCAGCGAGGCGCAGGAGCAGAAGAGGGGGGCGGGUGGUGGUGCUGGCAGUUCGGGCAACUCGUCUGCCACGCCAUCACUUCACCUGGCGUCGCAGUACCUGGCCGACAGCAGCCUGACGGACGAUCUCAACCAGUACGACUUCAACAUCUCCAGCUCUGCUCAGGGAUCAUUCUCAGGCCAAGAUGUAAAAAGCGGCUCAAGUGUUCCAGGAUCGGAAGAAAGCCAGCUGUCGGAGCCUGGAGUCUCCGGUGACUACAUGGAGCUGGAGAUGGACUCUCUGAACCAACAUGAGUGUAUGGCUCCUCUGAUUGCUCUCUUACGGCACAUGGUGGCCACCAAAAUUUCCCCAGAGCCGACUGCCGGAGCCCCAGCCAAAGAGAUGCCAGCCUGGAUGCCGUACCUGCACGACAAAAUGUCCAGCCCUUCAUCCCACGUCAACACGAAGCUCUUCAUAGCAAAACUUGUCAUCAACUGUACAAAGGUAUUCCAGCCCUUCGCCAAGUUCUGGCUGCGGCCAUUUUGUCAGCUCCUCUUCUCUCCGGAGGUCAGCGGUAGCGGCGUGACCUACUUUGCCGUCGACCUCAUCGUCACCAUGGUGUCCUGGCACACAGUGGCCAUCCCCGAGGAUUCGGCUGAAGGUCGCGCCAUGGCGUCUCGCGUGGUCAGCUUUCUCAUCGCCAACGUCUUCCACACAAAUCGUCAGGUGUUCCGGAACAAUCUGGAGCUGCUGAGAACUUUACUAGAGUGUUGGCACGACAGAGUCGACAUUCCAUACGGAUACUUGAGUAGCUUGUCGAACCUGAUGAACCACCAUCUUAAAAUCGUGUACGCGGCCACCGCUGAAGUCAUCGGCCUCGUCUUGCUGAAAAUGGAGCGGUCAGACGGUGAGGUGGAAGGGUCAUUCCAUGACCAUCUGGUCAGUCAACUGUCCAACCUCUCUCAUGCUAAGACGGACAACUUCAUUGUGUGUUUGCACAGGAUCCACAAGACGUUCCCCAAGUUUACUGUCAGGUUUUUGAGCAAGCUUCUGUUCCUGCUGCCGAACCUGCACGGAGAGUUUCGACCGGCGUGCUUGGAGGUCAUCCUAGGACACGUGGAUCAGAUGGAGGACGCUUUCUUGGAGAUCAACAGCAAGGGCUUGCCGUCCUUCCUCACACACCGAGACGAAGACACACAGCUGGUUUCGCUGAAGAUCGUCAAAGCUUUGGCCCUGAAGAUGUCGCCGGCGGAGCUGCUGUCCCUGCUCCCCAGUGUCAAGUCUUUCUCCUCGCACAGCAGCUCGGCCUGCCGCACCGUCAUGCUGGAGGUGUUCAUGUGGGCGUACGACAACUACAGAGCCGGCGAGGACGAGGAGAGUCACCGAGUGAUGAGCCUGACCAAAGAGGCUCUGCUGCGUGGCUUGUGUGAUGAAAACCUGGCCUGCCGACUGAUGUGCCAGAACUUUUGGAGCAGCAACACGCGUCUGCCGGAGAGCACGCUGGAGCGCACCGUGUCGAUGCUGGAGGCCAUGUACUCUCCCAGCACUGAGCCGCACUAUCUGGCAUACGCCACCAACCUCCUGCUGCAGGCCACCUCCAAGUCGCCAGACUACACCCGCAAGGUUUUCGAGCAUGCUCUCAGCGAGUGCACUUUCCAGGAUUACUCGGUUCAGUCGUCAUGGCGACAGCGGCAUGCGGUGAUGACCCCUCUGUUUGCCAGCACACUGGUCAGUCAGUCGAUGGACACGGAUGAGUCGGAUCAGCUGGACGGUGGUCUCCGGGCGACCCAGGACGUCCAGCAGUUCACCGCCACAAUGGACGCCACCGGCGCGGGCCGAGUGUUCAACUGGCUGACCCAGAGUAGCCUGGACACGUUCACGGACACGGCCGUCAUCGGAGGGGACUCUCAGCUUCUCUUCCGCCGGGACAGGGGUCCACAGGGAGGACAGGGGUCUGCGAAAGGCUCCUCGCUAAAGGGACGUCCGUCGGGGGAGAAGAAAAUGGCCGCCGUUCGAACCCCCGCAGGAGGCGGCGCCGGGCCUGGUGAUGCUGCGGCGGUGACGGGAGGAAACCAGGAUGUGGCUGAUGGUGGCGCUGGCUCUCAGACUGACAUCUGGCGACUGAAGCGACGGUUCCUCAAGGACAAGGACGCUCAAUCGGUGCACUUUAUGCGCAGGAACAUCCGGCUUCGACAGAUGAGAGAGGAGGCUGCACGAGAACAGCGGGCACGGCGAGAGAAUCAUGUGACCUUGUAUCGUAAAUAUCGCAUCGGAGACCUGCCGGACAUCCAGAUUACUUACCAGUACAUCAUAGCUCCGCUACAGGCCUUAGCUCAUCGGGACAGCACAGUGGCCAGCCUCCUGUUUAGCUCGUUGUUCCAAGCCAUCUUCCGGGCCAUGGACCAGGUAAAGACGGAGCGAGAGAUGGAGGAGCUCACCGCACAGAUCAACCGGAGCAUGGAGAGCCUUCUAGCCCAGUCCACACACUACUUCCCUCCCUUCAUGGGCAGCAUUUUCAACAUUCUGUACGAGGUUCGGUCCAGCCUGAAGGCCCCAGCCUCUGAGGUUGGAGUCAGUGCCAUCGUCAGCAACCAGCAGACACUGGGCAUGGUGGUUCUGGAGGAGCAGCUGAUCCAGGCCAGCAGCGCACAGGCGGGGACCACCAGCAAGCGAGCCAGGAGAGAGGCAGAGACCCUGGAUGCUGAUACUGUCUUGUGGAUCGAACUCUCGCGACUUUACAAGUCCACCGGAGAUUUUGAUGUCCUACAAGGUAUUUUCAGCGACAAAUUGGGCACGAAGGAUGUCACCCGCACUGCCAUUGAGGCAGAGUCCAGGGGAGAUUACAAAGCUGCUCUCAGAGCUUACAGAGAGGCAAUGACGUGUGAGUCAUGGGAGGAUGGGGACCCGCUAGAAGCGGAGGUCGAUUUCUGGGACGACAACCGCAUGGAGGAGCACUACCUGCCUUACAUGGUGCGCAGUAAGCUGAAGCUGGUCUUGGCGGGAGAAGGGAACCAGCAGCCUCUGCUCACCUUCAUGGACAGAGCCCUCUCAGACGAGGGGAAGAAGCAGUACAUACAGAGCCGCUACUGCGAGGAGCUGGCCCUCCUGUACCUGUGGCAGGAAGACUUUGACCGAGCGCGCCACUUCACUUCCCUGGCCUUCCAGAGAUUCUUGCAAGAUUGGAGCAGCACCACCUCACUAAUGGUCUCUGGACAGACAGACAUCCUGCGCAGACUUCAGGGCCUGGUGGAGCUACAGGAGUUCCUCGACUUGGUGGGCAUAGACGGUGGUGGGGGAGUCUCUCCGAGCGGUGUGAGGGUGCUGGUGGACAAGUGGCAGCACCGCUGGCCCCACAGCCUCCUGGACCCUGCGACCAUCUGGGACGACGUCAUUGUCAACAGACAAGAUGAAGGGCAGCCCUGCACUGUACGAGCGGCCGGACAUGGGGCUGAGACACAGCACGCUGGGCGGCCGAGGGGUGGACCUGCUGUUGGGGGGGCUCCUGGCUCUGCAGUCGACUGAGGGCCUCAGCGAGAACACGCGAACCAAACUGGCGGCUCAAGCUAAUGCCGGAGCUGGGACGUAUGAACAGCUGGUGAACGGCCUGAUCAGCAAAGGUUUCCACUCUUUGAAGGCUGCCGUCAGUGAGGAGGGGUCAAGGUCAGGCGGUGCCGAGGUGCGGCAAACUGCCAUGACCUGCGAGGAGGCCAACCUGGAACUGGCCAAAUUCUGCGACAAGUACCUGCGUCUGCUGGAAGAUGAUGAGCUUCCAGCGCGCUGUGACACCUCGCAGUUCCCGCGGACCGUGGUUCUGUGUCUGCUGAGAGCCAUCAAGGGGGGACAACUGGAGGCUCGAGAAAGAUUUCCCAGACUGCUUCAGUUACCGGAGCUCUAUCCUGAUGUGGUGGACGUUUUUAACAAGAAGGUGACGGAGGUCCCCAGCUGGAUGUUCAUCAUGUGGGUCAGUCAGAUGACCGCUCUCCUGGACAAACCGGAAGCAGACAUCGUAGAGCCUGUUCUGACAAAAAUAGCCGCUGAGUAUCCACAGGCGUUGGUGUAUGCGUUCCGAAUGAGUUUUGAAGGUUUCAAGUUUGGUUCUACGCCUCAAGAGAAGAAGAGACUGGAGAAAGUUGAAAAGCUGGCUGAACUUGUGAACAUCCCGUUGGUCAAUCUGUUCAUCAGCGCGCUGGAACAGUUUGAAGAGCCAGACAUUGUGUUCAAGGACUGGGGCAAAGAGAUGAGGAAACUGCUGAACGCCCAGAAGAGAGACAAGGGGGAGAUCAAGAAGGUGUACUUGGAAUUGUACCAGAGCCUCCUGGAGCAGCCUGCCUCAGGCAGACAGGACAGCGGAGGCUCGCAGGCUAGCGUCAGUUCCACCGUCACUUCUGUACCCAUGGGGGAGGUCCGCAGAGGUUUUGCCACGAGUUGCAAAGCUGAGUUUGACAAAGCCUUUGGGAAAAACGGAGACAAACUGACGUCCAUGAAUGUGAAGGAGUUUCAGAGUAUGGUGAGGAAGAUCAACGAGGUCAUCAACAAGCACAAAAACAAGAGACAGCCAGCAGCCGCCAACCUGAAGGAUUACUGCCCCUGGAUGGCCGAGUUCAACCCCAGCCACAACGGCAGGGAGCUGGAAAUACCAGGUCAGUACCGGGGCCUAGACAAGCCUCUGCCCGAGUAUCACGUCCGGGUUUCUGGAUUUGACGAAAGGGUGCUGGUGAUGAAGUCGCUGCGGAAGCCGAAGAGAAUCACAGUCCGCGGCAACGACGAGCGCGACUACCCGUACCUGGUGAAGAGCGGAGAGGACCUGCGGCAGGACGACAGGAUCGAGAGCCUCUUCUACAUCAUGAACAAGGUCAUGACCUCCGACCCCAACUGCAGGCAGAGGAAGCUGCACCUGAAGACCUAUCAGGUCAUUCCCAUGACUCCCAAAGUGGGUCUGAUCGAAUGGAUGUCCAAUACGUGCCCGCUGAAGGAAUUCCUGCAAGACGCUUACACGGAGGAAGAGAGGAAGUUUCUGGAGGGAAAUCAGUCCCCUGUCAUUCAACACAACCAGUGGAUGGCGAAACUUGUGGACAAGAAGGACAGCGGCAACUGGCAGAUGAUGUACGACCGUGUGUACAUGAAGUACAGCCACACGGAGACGGUCAAGGAGUUCCGGCUCAAGCAGGGGAAGAUCCCUUGGAACUUGUCCAGACGAGCGUUGCAACAACUGAGCUCCGGCCCGGAGGCGUUCCACGUUCUGCGGACGUCGCUGGUGACCUCUCACGCCACGCUGUGUCUGUGCCAGUAUCUGCUGGGCAUCGGGGACCGGCAUCUGUCCAACUUCAUGGUCAGCCUCAAGACUGGACACAUGAUUGGCAUCGAUUUUGGUCAUGCCUUCGGCACUGCCACCCAGGACCUGGCAGAGCGACAGAUGAACGAAGGAAAAGAAUCUGAAGAGAGGAACUGGCCCUGGGUCACUCUAAGCGGCCGGCCUUCAAGUCACUGGUCAACGUGCUGAUGGGGAAGGACAGCGUGCGGGCCGGGCUCCCUGCUCACGGACUGUCUGUGGAGCAACAGGUGGCCGCGCUCAUUGACCAGACCACAGACCCCAACAUCCUGGGCCGCACCUGGGGAGGAUGGGAACCCUGGGUCUAAAGCAGACACAGGAGAGCAUGUUCAUGUCGAUGGACGGAGAUCUUGCAGAUGGAAUCAAGAGAAAAUUGGGAUUAAAUCUUCUGUUAGAAUACUCUAACGUUAUGACA